AACAACACCACCAUUACCUCCUCCUCGUCAUCAUCAUCAUCAUCGUGAUUAUAAAUCUUGUCGCCAUAAUCAUCAUCAUCAUCAACAUCAUCGUAAAUUAAAAUUACGACCACCAUCACCUGAAUGUUAUUGUUCAUGUCAUCAUAAUUUUUAUCAUUAUCAUCAAUAUCGUCAAUAUAGACAUCGACCAUAUCAUAUUUCAUUAUCACCACCAACUAUUUCUGUAAGAAAAUUUCAUCAUAUAAGCGGUGAUUAUAAUUAUUAUCCAACAACAUUAUCAUCAUCAACAUCAACACCAACAUUAAUUAAUGAAAUAAUCAAUAAUAACGAAUCUAGCCAUCAUUUGUAUUCAUCGCUUAAUACACAGAAUAAUAAUAAACAAGUUGCUACCGAAUCUGUCGAUUCUUCAUCAUCAUCAACAACUUUAGUGAAAAAAUUGAACGUUGAACAACAUUUAAAUGAACAUCUGGAUUUGGCUUCGUCAACAAUUGCUGCUGCUACAUUAGAUACUAAAAUUAGAAAUUAUUUUCAUAACAAACAAGUGAAACAAACUCAUCACAAUCAAAACGAAGAACAAGAAUCUUAUUACAGUGACAUCAUUAUCUAUGAUCAUCAAGCAAUUGCAGCUGUUGGCCAUAAUAUUUUUAAUGGUAAAACAACAAAAUCAUCGAUUGACAAACAAUCAAAAGUUAUUCGAUUAAUAUUGAUCCGUUUGGAUCUAUUUAAAUUUGCUAUUAUGGAGCCAUUAAAAGUGGAUCAAAGACUUAUCGUAUUCUCACUUGUUGAUACGUUUACAAAACUAUCGCCGAAUAAAAUUCUGGAAAAUUAUCUAAAAAAAUUAAUUGCCGAACAACAACAUGAUGGUCAUCAUAUAGCGGUUUUUAAUUUAGCUGAACCAUUAAAAUUUUAUCAAAAUAUUAACAAUUCAGAUAAAUUUCUUGCCAAUGUUAAACUAUUGGAAUUUGGUUGGCCAGAACGUCGUGCACCAUCAUUAGAACGUUUAUGUUCACUUUGUAAAUCAUUGGAUUCAUGGUUAACACAAAAUGAUCAAAAUUCGGCUAUAAUUUAUUCAAAACGUGAUCUCAGCCGUGCUAGUCUAGCUAUUGCCGUAUUUUUACAAUAUAUUGACAUAUGUUUAGGCAAUGAUUCGAAUACAACAAUAUUUGAUUUUGAAUCAAUGUAUAAUUAUUUUCAUUAUAAUCUUGAGACCUAUCUACAACCAUCACAGAAAAAAUAUGUUAAUUAUUUUAAGAGCUUAUUGAACGGUGAUAGCCGAAUUAAUGUACAAAAACUUCAUCUAAAUCAAUUGAUUAUUCAUCGUGUGCCAAAUUUUGAUGGUUGUGGCCGUUGCCGUCCAUUUAUCAAAAUCUAUCAGGGUUGGCAACUUCGUUAUUCAUCACCUGUUAUUGAUAUUGAUAAUGAAUUUCUAAAAUGUUGGAAUUAUAUUGUAUUCGAUAUACAACCACCAUUAAAAUUACGUGGUGAAAUUUUAAUAAAAUGUUAUCAUAAAAGUGCUGUUCCUAGUUCAAAAACGGAAAUGUUCGCAUUCCAAUUUCAUACGGGUACUUUAACAACAACGACAGUCACGCUUGAUAAAUCUGAUUUAGAUUGUGCUCUUUAUGAUCGACGAUUGCCAGAUGAUAUUCAAGUUGAGCUUGUAUUUAAUAAUGAUCGAUCGAAUCAAAUAUUAGACUCUGGUCAAUCAUCCUAUCAAAUUGAUGAUGAUAGUCAAAUUAUUCGAUGUAAUUCAUAUGAAAAUUUCUUCAACACUCAAACAACUGCAGCCAUGACGCAAAAAUCUUCAGUGGGAACUGCUACCGUCGAAGAUAAAUGUGUCCCAUCAUUAGAGUAUACCAAAGGUCCGUUAGACGGAAGUCUAUAUGCAACUGUAUUAAAAAAACCAACAAGUAUUGAACCAGCGACAAAUCAGCAACAAUUAUUACCAGAACAACCACAACAGGCCAAAAUUAAAGAUGAAUUUGUUCUUGAUGAAUUAAUUAAUGAAAUUUUCACCGAAAUACAAUCAUUCCCUGAUGUGCGAACGAAUUUAGAAACUAAACCGAUACCAUUAAGAACCCAAUCAUCGUCAUCUAAAGAAUCGUAUUACGAUUUUGUAACAAAAAAUGGUCAGGAAUAUUUGAGUGAAAUUCCAGGUGGUGAUUUGGGCAAAGAAAAUAUUGAUCCCAUUGUAUCUGAACAACAACAGAAUCUAGAUUGGCUUCAACGACAACAACAAAAAUUGCUUACAAUACGUAGAAAUCGACCGAAACAAACUGUUGAACAACAAUUGAUUGCUGAAUUAAAGACAUCGAUUAAACAAUCACCUUCAUCAAUGGUUCAUCGUUCAACACCACCUGAAGUGCCAACACGUACAUCUAGUCGAAACAUUUUUUUAAGCCAAAUACCUUAUCAGGAUGAUACUGAUAAUGACGAUUAUGGUAUUAUUCAUAAAAUACAGAACGGUGCUAAUAACCAAUCAAUCAAUGAACAAACAGUCAUGAAAAUCGAUGAAGUUGAAAGAGAUAAAAACGUCAAUCAAUAUAUAGAUUCAUUGGCAGAACUUCCUACAAGUUCAGCACAGUUUUUAGCUGGACUUAAGCUAACGGAUUCUGAUUCACAACAGCUACGAUCAUCGACGCCUGCUUUUCCGGUUAGACAAAAGAAUCGAAAAUUAUCAUCAUUAUUGAAACAAACAAUGAAUGAUGGCCAACAUAAUGUGCCAAUGUUUAUUCAGGAUACAUCAUCCUAUUGGUACAAACCAACCAUUUCACGGGAAGAAGCUGUUCGCUAUCUACAAGAUCGACCACCUGGAUCAUUUAUUAUUCGUGAUUCGAAUUCAUUUCCUAAUGCAUUUGGAUUAGCAGUUCGUGUUGCACGUGAAGAUGCUCGACCGGAUAGCAUUGAUCCGGUUCGUCAUUUCCUAAUUGAAUCGACUAACAAAGGUGUACAGAUAAAAGGCUGUCUAGAAGAACCGGUAUUUAGUAGUUUAGCCGCAUUAGUCUAUCAACAUUCAAUAACCAAAAUAUCAUUACCUAUACGAUUGACUAUUCCAUCAUCGAAUGAUGAUUUGGAUAUGUCUAAUUAUGGUUCAUUAUAUUCGGAUACAAAUCUACUUAAACAAUUCUAUGAAAAUGGAGCAGCUUGUAAUGUACUUUAUUUUAUCAAAGAAGAUGUUGAAUCAUUGACAGGAAAUGCAGCUAUUAAAAAAGUUAUCGAUCAAAUGAUAAUGAAUUCAAGUGAUCGAAAGAAAAUUCAACCAGCUAUUAUUCAUUUCAAAGCAUCAAGUAAAGGUAUUACAUUGACAGAUAAUAGCCACAGGCUAUUUUUUCGUCAACAUUAUCCAAUAAAAUCGAUUAGUUUUUGUUCAAUCGAUCCGGAUAAUCGUUGUUGGCCAUAUCAUUCAGAUCAUAUACAACUUGAAAGCUAUCUAUUUGGAUUUGUAACCCAGAAGAAAAAUACACCAUUGGAAAAUGAAUGUUUGAUAUUUGGACAUUACGAACCAGAUCAACCACCGCAUGCAAUUGUUGAUUUUGUUAAUAAAUUAAAAAAUGUAUCAUGAUAAAUGCCAUAAUGUAUUCACAAUGAUGACAAUAAUAAUAAAAUCACUUAAUUAUUUAUUAA